GAGCCCGGAUAUACGGUCUUAUUAACGAGACCAUCUUCAGCAACUUCGAUUCUUGUAGCAGCUUGGCCUGCCUAUUUUACACAUAACUCAUUUUAAAUUCGUUGAGGCAGCGCCGUCUUCGCUAUUCUUGCAACCAUCUACCUGUGGUAGAUUACGAAUACAUGAUGUCUCCACCACUACAAUUAACCACAUCUUCCGCUAUGCCAUACACACCAACAAGCGAUUUUCUUGAUCGACAUGAAUAUGGGGUCGCGAAGAAUAGGAAACUAACAGCGUCAACUGGCGGGGGGAGAGCUUGGAGCGAGGACGAGGUGUGUAGAAACUAAACCUACAUUCCUCUUGGCCCUAUACUAUGGGGUCCAUAAAGGGGAAACAAGUUGUCGUGGUUAUAGCAACUAAUGUAUAACGAAAUAGGAGGUCUAUCUUCUUCAGACCCGCCUUCAAAAGAUGCCCUAUAAGCACAUCGCCGCCCACUUGAAGAAGACUGAGCUAGCUUGCCGUCUUCAUUAUCACCAGCUGAGUCAUGGAAGCAAUCGCCGGAAGCGGACUACGUCCGUGUCAUCAGGUUCCUCCACGGGGCAUUCGCCUAUCUUACCGGCAACUAUCCCAUCGCCUAUCCAGGAGAGCCCUCGCGACGACUCCUCCCCCGUGAGUGCUACCGUCCACGAGUUCGACUCGCCUAGUUAUACGACUUCAGUGCAACUCCCUAGUAUUAUAACGAAUGCCGGGACCUCGCCCCGCCUUCCCGCAAUCCUGCCAAAACCGUCGGUAAUUGCUCUCCCACAUGCAGUCCCCUCGGCUUCGUGUAGCUGUCCUGCCUCGGGUCCCGAUUCGUCUCGGUCGCUAGCGCCAUCCCCGUUUUCCCAGUCCGCAUCAACUAGCCAGGUACCAGUCCUUCGGCUUGACUGUUCUCUUCCGCUGCCUUCGGCUCACGUGGACAUCCCUCGACUGCAGUCGAUAUAUGCCUCACAUCGGUCGUCAUUCUGGAGCGCUAUCGCAUCUGAAUAUGGGUCGGGAAUCAGCCCAAUUGUCCUAGAACAAGCGUGGAAGGCGAGCGCAUUUGCUAUGGGUAGUCAAACUCCAAUUACCCCGGUCACUAGUCCUAAUGACCGCGAUAUUAUCUACGAAAAGCAUGACAAGACCCGUAUCAGCGCUAUCCUUGGCAUCGACGCAAAUCCACGAAGUCCGAAAGAGAGAGAAAUGGUUCGGCGAUUAGAAGAAGAACGAAGCGUUGGUGUAACCGCUGGUGCUUAGAGAUCUAGGCUACCAUUCAUAUUGAAGAUGAGCACGGCGUCGUUACUCCUUUGUCGAUAUGGUACUUCACAUCGGUACUAUCUUACUAUCGGGAUAGAUUGUUGCUCAUCCCAGCUGGGCAACCGUUUCCGUAUCAUCUGUUUUGCCCUUGUAUGCCUCUAGAUUUCCUAAUUGCACAUAUCAGUCACAAUUUACACAUCGAUUCUAUUCUGAAACAUACGGCGGUUGCUACUGCGACCACUGUUGAAUAAACAACCCCUUUCACCGUUUGUAUCUUGGGUUUGGCGGCAUGUGGGAACGGCCGGGAUGAUCUUGUAGCUGAGCAGGUGGAACUGUGCUAUGCAAGGUGCCUUAAAGCGUUUAGCAGGGCUCUUUUGUAGCGGACGCUAUGAAUAUCUUAACAUUGCUGUAUUGGCUAGCGGAGGAGCUGGUCAGCACGAUUGGGGGGUGG